GCAAGGCAGCCAGCAGCCAAUGCGCUGCGCCGGAGGAGGACUUCUGCCAGUGAUUUCAGACGAGGAGAUACACGCAAAGGGGAUUUACUACGGCAAUCCGCGGCGUGGAGGCUCUCGGCAAGAGGCUCAACCCGGGAAUUCGUUGAAGACACUGAAGAAAUUUGUUUCUUUUCUGUUCAUCCACCUACUGAUCUGAAGAAGGUUCACGUGUUUCUUUCGUCCUGCCUAAACUUUCCAGAGGUGUGUGCCAUGUCUCUGCCACGCACACUUGGGGAGUUGCAACUCUACAGGGUGCUGCAGAGGGCCAACCUGCUGGCCUAUUACGAAACCUUUAUCCAGCAGGGUGGUGAUGACGUGCAGCAGCUCUGCGAGGCAGCGGAGGAGGAGUUUCUGGAAAUCAUGGCACUAGUUGGCAUGGCCACUAAGCCGCUGCAUGUGCGUAGGCUGCAGAAGGCCCUCCGAGACUGGGCGGCUAACCCUGCCCUUUUCAGCCAGCCCGUCGCUAACGUUCCUCUCGGGGGUAUCCCACUGUUCAAAGUGGAUGGGACGGGGACAAGUGGAUCAUCUGGUGAACACAGAAAAUCUGUGAGUAAUGGGCAGCCAGGGUCCCCCUGUGAAAGAGAGGAUCGGGCUUGUCUUACACCCAUGCACUGUGGGAGCCCGAGAAGCCCCUGCUCCCAAGCCUCUCCACAGCCACCGGACACACACUACAGAGAAAAACUGUCACCCAUGGACUCCCACUGGCUCAGCCCAGAUCCCGAUGGGAACGACGCUUUGGCUUCUGCGUCUGGAAUGGAAGAGGAGCCGCCCAGCCCCCCUGGUCCCUCCACAUCUCCAGUCCCCUCCGCAUCCUCUGCCCCAACGGCCCUGUCAGCUUGGCCUGGAGGGCAGCUGGAUGGGGAGACGGCCAGGGCAGUGGUGGACAGCGUGGAGCGGCUCUUCAAGACCCAGCCCAGGUCAGAUCCGGCAGAGGUGAAGACUCUGCUGAGGAUGAACAAGAAGAUGUCUAAGACUGUGGGACACAUCUUCAGAAUGGGGUCCCAGGAUGUGAACAAGGAAGAGGAGAUCCGGAAAUAUAGUCUUAUAUAUGGACGCUUUGACUCCAAGCGGAGAGAGGGCAAGCAGCUCACACAUCAUGAGCUGAUCAUCAAUGAGGCUGCAGCUCAGUUCUGCAUGCGUGACAAUGCCCUUCUACUGAGACGGGUGGAGCUCUUUUCUCUGGCUCGCCAAGUGGCCAGAAAGUGUGCGUACACCUCCACACUAAAACACUCAAGGUCAAAUCCAGAUGAUAACGGCGGCCUUUUUCAGAAGAGAGCAAGACAUGAGGUGAUUGUGCACGAGAGCGUGUCGUCACUUCUCGGAGCGGAGGGAUCCGAGAGCUUGGUUCAGAGAGGAGAUGAUGACAGCCUGUCUGCGGAAAGCCCUGACAGUGUAUCACAUGACACCAGAUCACAGUGCAACCAGUCUCCGUCCCCCCGUCCCCACACUGAGACCUCCAAUCCAGCCAACUGGAGUCGGCAUCUCAUACAGCAAACUCUAAUGGACGAAGGGCUGCGACUGGCCCGGAUGGUGUCACAUGAUCGGGCGGCAAAGCUCAUACCAGAGGGAAUGCACUCUACAGACCACGACAGUAAAGCGGGGCGGCAGAGCUUGAUAACAGCAUGCAGAAGCAGUAGCCCCUGUGUCACCACAGAUCCAGCCGCCAACUCCAACCACAGAGGGAAAUGAAGUACCGCGGUUUUCAGGGAAACUGUGAUUGGUCACGCCAAUGGACUCCUGUCACAAUCUGAUACAGGUCACACGUGUUUCACUGACGCCUGAUGGACAGAGGAUUUUUCUUAUCUAUAAAACCAACGCAGUCAAUGUGAGAAUUUACCAGCAACUGAUGUUGUACACCUGCUGUGACUUCUAAACACUUCAAUUGUGAAUACAGUUCCAAAUAUUGCAGAUAUCAAUUUCUUUUUUAUGUUUUUUGUUUUUUUGGGUUUUGAGCACAUGAAUUUACAUGUCUUGCAGUGCUUAGCCAUUAAAAUAAAUAAUUACUGAUUCUAUGAAGAGAAACCUGGAUUAUAUAACUAGAAGCAUCACUGUCUGUUGGAGGCCUGACCUGCCUCAGAUGAAACGGCUCAACACAGCAGGGGGCACUGCAACUUUGGGAACAUGCUCUCUGCAGGUCCUCUGCUUUGAACAGCAGUCUGUUGCUGGGUAGACGAAAUGUGUUUUUACCCUGUUCUAGAAAGUUACAAUAUAAUACCUUGAAGCUCAGGAAACAAGUCGAUGUUCUGUGUGGUAGAAUCAGACGAACUCAUGUUUGAUAUUGACGUAGUAAAAAGAACAUCUAUAGCAUGUUUUGAUAUAGAUUUAAGGAAGUGUUAUGCAUAAACACCACCAUCAGGACCAGAGGCCAUCAGAUCUGAACAGACUGAGGUCUUUAAGAUAUGAAGACGUGGGUCUUCAUCAUCCACUUGCUCUCAUCUAUGUGCUGCACAAACAGCUGAUGUAGUGUUUUAUUGUUGAUAUUUCAGGAUUCUAAUCAGAUACAUAUUGUUAUUUUCUAAUUUCAUGAACUAUGCUAAUUUUACGAUCCAAGUUGCGUGAAGUAAAAACACAUUGUUGGUGACGGCAAGUCUUCUUCAGCUGACUUUGGCUCUUCUCCCACCUGGAGAUGUUUUUUUUUUUGUACUAAAGGUACCACUGAAUAGCGUUUAAAAGAAAUUGCAUUCAAAACUGCAUUGCAAGACUUUUGACAUGUAAUCAAUGUUAAAAAAAAAGAAAAUACCAUGUCAUUUUUAGAAAUGGAGUGAUAACUGUAGAUUUUUGACAAUAUUUAUUUUUCUUUAGUGACAUGAAAACUUGUGAUAUGAUGGCAUAAUAUUUCAGUAGUUCUAGAUUAACAAGGUAAUAAUUAUUUUAAAACAGUCCUGUUGUCCCUAUUGCAUUUUAGAAAAGCAAAAGAAAACACAUGCUGAAGUUUACAGAAAGAAACCUACAGUGCUUGACUUUGAUACAACGGCUCCUUCAAGUUUCAUAAACCUGUUUCGUCUGCUCAUAAGAAGGAUUAAUCAUUUUCUCAGUCAUUUCACGUUGAUUGAAACGUUCCAGUUUUUGUUGACUUAUCACAGAUCAUAACAGUGAGGUACCUAACUGUGCAUCAGCUACAUCUCUUGAGCAUUCUUUGC